CACCGCUCCUCCGCGGCGGAAGCUAGUCCCUCCCUGCGGCGCGUCUUCAGGCUCCGCUACUUCAUCGCCGUCAUGGUAAUAACCGAAACCAACAUGGAGGAUAUUACUCAUGUCGUCACAAACACAAUACGAGCGCGUUUUAUGUUAUCACGUCGAAGGUUUUUGGCGUGGAAAGCCGUGACGUAGGCAGAAGAACGAAAGCCUCUGAGGUGAUAAAUGGAGCUGCAUCAUGAGGACGAGGAAAGGCAGAUUGAGAUCAGAUCUUCAGUUGUUCACAUCUGAUCCUAGCAUCCUUCAUCCACGCUGCUGGUCCCGGAUCUCAGAUACUCUCAGGAUUUAAUUCUGCUGAAAUCUUUGGAAUUUUCUCCGUUUUUUGAUAAAGUUUUGUUUGUUUUUCAUAAAGGCGGCCAUGAUGGCGCCGACGUUGACCAGUAGGAACUACGACUACGACACCGUCCAGCCCUACUUUCUCCUGGACAGAGAGGAGGAGGAUUUCUACCCCCCUCCUCAGAGCCACCUCCUCCCUGGUCCAGGUGAGGACAUUUGGAAGAAGUUUGAGCUCCUGCUGACCCCCCCUUUGUCCCCCAGCCGGACGCCCCCCCAGAAUGACUCCCACCUGUCUGCUGCAGAGCACCUGGACGCUGUGUCUGACCUCCUGGAUGAAGACACCAACUCCUCAUCAUUCCUCCAGUCCUUCAUCAUCCAGGACUGCAUGUGGAGCAGCAGCUUUGCAGCUGCCUCCAAACUGGAGAGGAUGGUCUCCAAGAGGCUGGCGUCCCUCCAGAGUCGCCGGGACUCGUCGGACACCGACAGCAUUCCAGAUGUGUCCUCUGAACCUCAAGUGAGCCGGUCCCAGGUGAAACCAGAGUACCUGCAGGACCUCCACACUGCAGCAUCCAAAUGCAUCAACCCAGGUGUUGUGUUCCCGUUUGCCACAACCAGCGAGAAGCAGAACUUGGAUGGAGAAGGGAUGGAAAUGGGAUCAGAGCUGGAUCUGGAAUCGCCACAACUCAGCAGCAGCGACAGCGAAUCAGAAGAGGAAGAGGAGGAUGGAGAGGAAGCAGAGAUUGACGUAGUGACGGUGGACAGGCGGAGAACGUCUCGGCCCUCUGAAGCUUCACCUCUGGUCCUCAAACGCUCUCACAUCAACGUCCAGCAGCACAACUACGCCGCCCCACGGCCUGUUGGGAAACGGCGGAGGACAGAGGCCACGGGAACGGGGCAGAGCAGAAGGCGGCGGUGUUGGAGUCCGUGGUACGACGGAGAAGACAAAGACAAACGCAGGACUCAUAACGUCCUGGAGAGACAGCGACGCAACGAGCUGAGGGUGAGCUUUCUGUCCCUGAGGGACGAAGUCCCCGAGCUGAAGGACAAGGACAAGACGUCCAAGGUGGUGAUCCUGAAGAAGGCCACGGAGUUCAUCAUGGAGCUCUCCGAGGAGGAGGACAGGAUACGGAGGACGAAGGAUGAGCUGAUGAAGAGGAGCGAAGAGCUGAGAGGAAGACUCCAGCUGCUCAGGACUUUCAAAUAAACCAGUUUUGUUUGUUUUGUUUGUUUUUGUUUGUUUUCAUGUUGGAAGCUGAGCUCUGAGCAGCUCUGGGAUCAGUUUGUAUUUAUUAUAAUUUAUUACAGUGAUUUUCGAAAACAUCGUGUGUUUAAACAGAUUUUAUUUUUUUAUUUCUUCUGCUGUUCUGGAGGAUGUCCUCUGCAGACCUUUCAAAAUAAAAGCAUCUCCUGUUUGGAGCAUUCUGGA